AUGCUUGCCAGGACCUUUAUGCGCGCGGCGCAAUCGCCUGUCUUGAGCAGAGCUGCAACUCGAUCAAUCCGAGCCCAAAAUGUCUCUUUACCAGUCUCUGCCGUGCAAUUACGUGGCAUGGCACAAAACACCAAGAAGCCAUCCGAUUCACCAAAGCAGGCGCCCUCCGCCUCGCAACCAAAGUCUCAACCCCAGUCUUCAGAGUCCGAGUCUUCGCCUUCAUCCAAGAGCGAGGAAUCCCAAAUACCCGAGACGCCUGAGGAGCCCCAAAAGCCCUUCAAACUUCCUGACCUAACACAGGGUAUUCCCUCAACUCUCGAGUACGAAAGGGAGGGAGCUACGAACAAGAGCGCGCUCGCCGACUUGGAGGAGCUCGAAGCCGAGGGUGGCGGUCGACACAAGGGAGAACUCCCUGCUUCCGCAUAUAUCUCGUCGACUGAGAAGCGACGAAACAGAUGGGCCAACCGCAUGUACCUGUCCGCUCUGGUUCUAGGUCUUGGAAGCGUUGCAUGGCUUGGUCGUGACUGGGACGAUGAUGAGGCAGAAAUGCACCGAGAUAUCCCGAACGGCUGGUCGCCGAAUUUGUGGUGGACCCGUGCUCGUACACGCCUCAACGAUUCACUCAGCUAUUACCACGAGCCUGCUUUUGAAAAGCUUCUGCCUGACCCCGACCCCAUGUUUGAGCGCCCAUACACACUCUGUAUCAGUUUGGAGGACAUGCUGAUCCACAGUGAAUGGACGAGAGAGCAUGGCUGGAGAAUAGCCAAGCGACCCGGCGCCGAUUACUUCCUCCACUAUCUCAGCCAAUACUACGAGCUCGUGCUGUUCACCACCGUCCCCUUCGCCAUGGGUGAGCCAUUGGUGCGCAAGCUCGACCCAUAUCGUUUCAUCGUCUGGCCUCUAUUCCGCGAGGCCACAAAGUACAAGGACGGCGAGAUUGUCAAGGAUCUUUCGUACCUCAACCGUGAUCUAUCCAAGGUUAUCAUGAUUGACAGCAAUGCUGCUCACGUUCGCAACCAGCCCGAAAACGCUAUCGUUCUUCCCAAGUGGACCGGCGACCCGAAGGACAAGGACCUGGUUGCAUUGAUUCCCUUCCUCGAGUACAUCCACACCAUGCAAUACAAGGAUGUCCGAGAUGUGCUCAAGUCUUUCGACGGCAAGAACAUCCCCGUCGAAUUUGCCCGUCGUGAGGCAAUUGCCAGAGCCGAGUUUGAGAAGCAGUUCAACGCACACAAGCGAAAGCACACCUCGGGCAUUGGAGCUCUUGGCAGCAUGCUCGGCCUCAAGCCUAGCAACUUGAGCAUGAUGGUCCCGGCCGAGGGCGAGCAAAGCCCCAGCGAGGCUUUCGCUCAGGGCAAGAUGCUCCAAGACAUUGCCCGGGAGCGUGGCCAGCGCAACUACGAGAUGAUGGAGGAAGAGAUCCGCAAGAACGGCGAGAAGUGGCUCAAGGAGGAGCAACAAGCACAGGAGAAGGCCCAGGCCGAGGCCAUGGAGAGCAUGAAAGGCUCGUUGACUGGCUGGUUUGGAAAGAACUAA